GGGUUGGGGGGUAUCUGGAGUUCAGUGUGGAUGCAUUCAGUGUGAAUCUUGGUGAAGACAUCCAAGCAAUGUUUGAAGAAGGCAGCUGGACGUGUGGGUUUGGGCUCAGAUGGCAGGUCCAACCUGCGGAGGUAAGAAGACAAAUGAGGCCCGGUGUCCUGGGAGCGGGCAAGCCGGCUGGGCUGAGGGUCACUGGAGAGAAGGGCCACCUCUGCAGCUCAGCUUCCAGGCUGCCAUCUCCUCCAUGUUCCCUUCUUUCUGGGCCAGCUCUUCAGGUCCUGAACACCCCCAGGAUCCUCACACUCCGUAGACGGCCAUGCUGCUGUUUCCUCUCCCUUCCUCCCAGAUCCGACAAACACCCUUUAUCCUUCAAGAGCUAAUGAAAGUGACUCCCCUUGGGGACGGCUUCCCAGCCUUUCCCCCUCUUCGUGCUACCAUGGUGCCUGAAAUCUUGCCUCUCCCCAGCACACCGCACGCUUUGGCCAUGUUUAGAUCAUGCUCAUUUUCCUGAAAAGAUGUGUCCAGUCUCUGCUAGCUGCCUUCAUGUUCCCUUCAUCUGUCUGCUGGAUCAGAUCUGCAUUUCUUUUGACGAAGGCAAGACCACAAUGAACUUCAUUGAGGCAGCGUUGUUGAUCCAGGGCUCUGCCUGUGUCUACAGUAAGAAGGUGGAAUACCUCUACUCACUCGUCUACCAGGCCCUUGAUUUCAUCUCUGGAAAGAGGCGGGCCAAGCAGCUAUCUUCGGUGCAGGAGGACAGGGCCAGUGGGGAUGCCAGCUCUGGGGCCCCCCAGGAGGCAGAGAAUGAGUUCCUGUCGCUGGAUGACUUCCCUGACUCCCGGACUAACGUGGAUCUCAAGAACGAUCAGGCGCCCAGCGAGGUCCUCAUCAUCCCCCUCCUGCCCAUGGCCCUGGUGGCCCCUGAUGAAGUGGAGAAGAACAACAAUCCCCUGUACAGCCGUCAGGGUGAGGUCCUGGCCAGCCGGAAGGAUUUCAGGAUGAACACGUGCGUUCCCCACCCCAGAGGGGCUUUCAUGUUGGAGCCAGAGGGCAUGUCCCCCGUGGAGCCAGCAGGCGUUUCCAUGCCAAGGACCCAGAAGGACGCCGGGAGGACUGAGGAGCAGCCAAUGGAAGUUUCCGUGUGCAGGAGCCCUGUCCCAGCACUCGGCUUCUCCCAGGACCCAGGCACCUCUCCAGAAGGCCCGACGCCCCUGGGCGGGGGUGAGGACGAGGAUGCAGAGGAGGCAGUAGACCUUCCUGAGGCCUCGGCCCCCAAGGCCACUCUGGAGCCCGAGGAGCCCAGGAGCCCGCAGCAGAGUGCUGCCCUGCCCAGGAGGUACAUGCUGCGGGAGCGAGAGGGGGCCCCAGAGCCUGCAUCCUGCAUGAAGGAGACUCCAGACCCCUGGCAGAGCCUGGACCCCUUUGACUCCCUGGAGUCUAAGCCCUUCAAGAAAGGUAGGCCUUACUCUGUGCCCCCCUGUGUGGAGGAGGCUCCGGGACAGAAGCGCAAGAGGAAGGGUGCUGCCAAGCUGCAGGACUUCCACCAGUGGUACCUGGCUGCCUAUGCUGACCAUGCUGACAGCCGGAGGCCUCGGCGAAAGGGUCCGUCCUUUGCAGACAUGGAGGUCCUGUACUGGACACACGUGAAGGAGCAGUUGGAAACUCUCCGGAAGCUGCAGAGGAGGGAGGUGGCUGAGCAGUGGCUGCCGAGGGCCGAGGAGGGGCUGUGGUCUGCAGAGGAGGACCACCUGGAGGAUUCUCUGGAAGACCUGGGGGCAGCAGCAGAUGACUUUCUAGAACCUGAGGAGUAUGUGGAGCCUGAGGGAGCAGACCCCAGGGAAGCUGCUGACCUUGACACAGUGCCGGUGUCCCUGAGCUACGAGGAGCUGGUUCGAAGGAAUGUGGAGCUCUUCAUCGCCACCUCCCAGAAGUUUGUCCAGGAGACAGAGCUGAGCCAGCGCAUCAGGGACUGGGAGGACACAGUGCAGCCACUGCUCCAGGAGCAGGAGCAGCAUGUACCCUUUGACAUCCACACCUAUGGGGACCAGGUGGUCUCGCGAUUCCCCCAGCUCAAUGAGUGGUGUCCCUUUGCGGAGCUGGUGGCUGGCCAGCCAGCCUUCGAGGUGUGUCGUUCCAUGCUGGCCUCCCUGCAGCUGGCCAAUGACUACACAGUGGAGAUCACCCAGCAGCCUGGGCUGGAGACGGCCGUGGACACCAUGUCCCUGAGACUGCUCACACACCAGCGAGCCCACAAGCGCUUCCAGACCUACACUGCCCCCUCCAUGGCCCAGCCCUGAGUGGGGAGCACCAAGGCAGGGGUGGGGGAUGUGUACUGAGGAGCCGUGCAUCUGCUCCUGGCUGGCCCAGCCUAAUAAAGCAGUGUUGCCAUCUCAUCUUCCCCCAAAAACCCUUUUACGUACACCUGCCCUGCGCAGAGAAGAGGGCUGCCUGACCUCCAUGGGCUGCUGGUACAGAUCACACACGCACAGAUUAAACGCACCCUGUUUAAUGACGGGGCCCAGGCUGCAGCAGCUCAAGACAGGACACUGCGGAAAGUCGCCAUGUGCUGCCGCACACUGUCUGAGAUCUGCUCAGCUGACCUGCUCCGGCCGUAGUAAUCAGUGAAGAGGCCAUCAGGGUUGAGCAGGUAGAUGGUAAUGGAGUGGUCCACGAUGUAGUCCUGGUCCUCAUCCUUGGGGCCGGCACUGUAGUACACACGGUAACUGUGAGUAGCCUGGGCAAUCUGUUCGGUGGAGCCGGUCAGACCCAGCAGUCUUGGGUGGAAGUCCUGGACAUAGCGGGCCAUGGCUUCCACAUCAUCCCGCUCGGGGUCCACAGUAAUGAAGACGGGCUGCACUGGAGGCAAACCAGGCUCAGCUUCCAGCUGCCGCACCACCUGCACCAGCUUCUCCAGCUCGUCUGGGCAGAUGUCAGGGCAGUGAGUGAAGCCAAAGUACAUCAGCACCCACUGGCCCCGGAAGUCAGCCUUGCGGCGAGCCUGGCCUUUGUGGUCCAGCAGGUGGAAGUCGCCCUGGCCCACAGCUGCCUGGCGCAGGGCUUCUAUUCGCUUUUGCUGCUGCAGCCUCUCUUUCUCAGCCCUCAGGGCCAGCCAGGCACCACCAAGUCCAGCUCCAAACAGGGCUGUGAUCAACAGCCUGGUUCGAAGCCCAGGGCCCUGAGGCUGGCCCUGCCUACCUGUCUCUGCAGGGCCCUGCCUUGACAAAAACCAGGACCUCAGAUGCAGGGCCUGGCCUCCCACGGUCCCAGGGAGGACUGGGGGCUUGAGGUGAGAGAGCCUGUGCCAAGCGGUGGGGCUCCGAGUCAGCAGCAGCAUGGAUCUGAUGCUCCUGGAAACAAGCACAGGUGUCAGGAGCCAGAAGGGAAGGCCCAGGACGGUGCCUGGGCUGCCCCUGCGACUGGAGAGACCAGUCACCCAUCCGAAGGACCCAGCCCACGUUCAGGCUUAACAGGCGUUUGUCACUGCUCACCUGAGCUCAGAACACCUCCACCAAACAUCCACACCUGUCACUCCUGUCCUCCACCUGGGAUCACCAGCCUGUCGCCACACCUUGCCCUGCACCUCAGCAAGGUGAACCUCUUGCUGACUGAAAGCAUUCCAAGUGCAUGCCUUGCCUGGACUCCUAACCACGUUAUCUAUUUGCAAUAAACCCAUUUCUUAAAAGGA